AUCCUGAGCGGAAAGAGGAAAAAUACAUGCACUGAGUGUGGAAAAACCUUCACUUACAGAUCAAAUCUUGUUGUUCAUAAGAGACUCCACACAGGGGAGAGGCCCUAUGAAUGCAGUGAGUGUGGGAAAAGCUUCACUAGCAGCUCAAGCCUUUCUAAACAUCAGAGAAUCCACACAGGGGAGAGGCCCUAUGAAUGCUGUGAGUGUGGGAAAAGCUUUAUUACCAGCUCAGACCUUUCUAAACAUCAGAUAAUCCACACAGAGAAGAGACCCUAUGAAUGCCGUGAGUGUGGGAAAACCUUCACUAGCAGCUCAAGCCUUUCUAAACAUCAGAGAAUCCACACAGGGGAGAGGCCCUAUGAAUGCCGUGAGUGUGGGAAAAACUUCACUAGCAGCUCAAACCUUUCUCAACAUCAGAGAAUCCACACAGGGGAGAGACCCUAUGAAUGCCAUGAGUGUGGGAAAACAUUCACUUACAGAUCACAUCUUGUUGUUCAUAAGAGACUCCACACAGGGGAGAGGCCCUAUGAAUGCAGUGAGUGUGGGAAAAGCUUCACUCGCAGCUCAAACCUUACUGGGCAUCAGAGAAUCCACACAGGAGAGAGGCCCUAUGUAUGCAGUGAGUGUGGGAAAACCUUCAGUCACAGAUCACACCACCUUACCCAUCUCAGAAUCCACACAGGAGAGAGGCCCUAUGUAUGCAGUGAUUGUGGAAAAAACUUCAUUCACCGCCAGCAGCUUAAUUGCCAUCAGAGAAUCCACACAGGUAUGCGACCCAAUGGAAGCAGUGAGUGUGGGAAAACCUUGUCUUGCCACUGA